CCGCCGCUGCUGGUGCUGCUGCCGCCGCUGCUGGUGCUGCUGCCGCCGCUGCUGCUGCUGAGUUACUUGGUUCGCGGGGAGGCGCCGUGGUCGCGCACUCUGCUCCUCGGCUACGCGCGCCCGUCCUCGCCCACUGCCACCCACCUCCGCCCACCAUACACCGCCACCCAUCACUACCGCGUCCGCCACCACCGCCACCUUUUUCGCGCUCGGUAUUCCCCUCGCACCCGCCAAGCAGGAAACUCUCUAAACAGGAUGGCUGAGCAAAGACCAAGCUUCAGCAUGAUGGAAGACCACUCUGGGAACCAGCAGAUCCAUUCUGGAGAACCGUUCCAGAUAGGAGGAGAGAGGAAAGACAUGCCUUCUCAAGGUUAUGCUCUGCUGCAGGACAGUGAAGAUGAUACGGGACAUGGCUUGAAAGGCUAUGCUCCUCACACCCCAGCCGAUGAUGGAUCGGAUGAACAGGUCUCUGAAAUAUCUGCUAAGAGCACUCCAACUACAGAAGAUGUGACAGCACCCUUAGUGGAUGAGCAGGAACAUGAAGAUCAGACUACGGCCCAGGUGGAGAUACCUGAAGGAACCACAGCUGAGGAAGCAGGUAUUGGAGACACACCUAACUUGGAGGACCAAGCAGCGGGAGAUGUUCCCCAAGAGGAGUUCAGAGUCUCAGCAGAGUGUCAGAGAGAAAAGUCAGAGAUCCUGGAUUUCUCAGCCAAUGAGAUUCAGUCUCAAAUACAUCAGGUAAGCGUGGAAGAAACUUUUCAGAAACCACAGAUGCCUUUGAGGAAAAAAGAACCUGAAGAGCCAGGAAUGACUGUCCCCCUUGCCCCUCAAGACAUUUCAUUUUACUCAGAGGCACCUAGCCUGGAGGAAGGUAUUGAGGAAAUGUGCCCAGCUCUAAAGCAGAAAGAUGGAGACAGACCUGAACAGACUUUGACAUCUCCCAAGCCCACUGUGGUGGAAAGCCUAUCAGGAUACUCAGAGAAUUUCAGAGUUGGGGUUGAAGGCCAUGAAGUCCAUGAAAGCUUUCUUAGUGAUCCAGGACACUAUGUUACUGAGGCCAUUGGCCAAGAUGCCAUUAAUAUGCCUGGAGAACAAGUCUCAGAUAUGUCAGUGGAGUCUGUUCAAUCCAGAAGACCUGGGGAUUACCCAUUGGUAGUGCCUGUGAAAGAAAGGGCUAUGGUAAGGGAGGAUGAUGAAGAUCGUGACAUCGAUGAAUCCUUACCCCAAGAUUCACCUCUUCCUUCUCAGCUUUCUCCAAGACCAGAGAGCUUGCAGCCUCCUUCAAUGGCUUCUAAGGAAACUAUUGCAAUCCCCCAUUUACCAGUGGAACAUCAUAUCAAAAUUCCUCUGCCAGAUGAUUUUCUCUCCAGAAUUCCCCCAGAGAUGCCAGUGAUUGAAAGGGACCUGCCUGCAGUAGGCCAGGUAGCAGCUGAAGGCAGUGAUGGACUGUCAAGUUUAGAAUCCUCCGAGGGUAUAUCACAAGUGGAUAUCAAAGCUGAUAUUCCAAAGGAACAAGAAUUUUCAGAGUUGGGCCCUGAAGAUACUUUGAGUAGGGAGCCCAGGAGCCCACGUGCCUCAGUGGAAGAGGAUGCAAAAACACCAGAAAAGCAGCCCAUACGUUCCCCAUCCGGGAAGCCAGUCAGUCGAGUUCCUCAGUUAAAAGCUCGUAAAGGCAGUGCAACUGGAAGCGAUGAGAAAAAAGCGAAGACAUCCACACCUUCCUCUGCUCAAACCUUCCUGAAAGGUAGACCUACCAUUAUCCCUAAACGACCCUCUCCUGUUAGCUCAGACCCUUCGAUCACACCCUCCAGCCCAGCUGUGUCCUCAGUACCAGGUUCCUCUCCUAAACACGUCUCUUCUGUCACAUCCCAUACUGGCAGUUCUGGAGCAAAAGCAAUGAAACGCAAGGGGGCGGAGACUAAAAGCGGAAUAAAAAUGGCCACUCCCAGGGCGGCAGCCCCUUCAGGUCAGAAAGGACCAGCCAACGCGACCAGAAUUCCGGCGAAAACAUCAGCCCCAAAGACACCUCCGAGUGCUGGUGAAUCUACAAAAUCUGGAGACCGAAGCGGCUACAGCAGCCCAGGUUCCCCAGGGACUCCUGGCAGCCGGUCCCGUACACCCUCACUGCCCACACCCCCCACCAGGGAGCCAAAAAAGGUGGCGGUGGUCCGUACGCCACCCAAGUCCCCUUCUUCAGCCAAGAGUCGCCUUCAGACUUCUACGGUCCCCAUGCCGGACUUGAAAAAUGUCAGGUCUAAGAUUGGGUCCACUGAAAACUUAAAACAUCAGCCAGGAGGUGGAAAGGUGCAGAUAUUUAAUAAGAAGCUGGAUCUUAGCAACGUCCAGUCCAAGUGUGGCUCAAAGGAUAAUAUCAAACACGUCCCAGGAGGAGGCAGUGUGCAAAUAGUAUACAAGCCAGUCGACCUGAGCAAGGUGACUUCCAAGUGUGGCUCGUUGGGCAACAUCCACCACAAACCAGGUGGUGGCCAAGUGGAAGUUAAAUCUGAGAAACUGGACUUCAAGGAGAAGGUUCAAUCAAAGAUCGGUUCCCUGGAUAACAUUACCCAUGUUCCCGGUGGAGGACACAAGAAGAUUGAGUCCCACAAGCUAACCUUCCGUGAGAACGCCAAAGCCAAGACUGACCACGGAGCAGAAAUUGUCUACAAGUCACCCACCAUGUCUGGGGACACCUCCCCCCGACACCUCAGCAAUGUCUCUUCUACAGGAAGCAUCGAUAUGGUGGACUCACCUCAGCUCGCCACGUUGGCUGACGAAGUCUCUGCCUCCCUGGCCAAGCAGGGCUUGUGAUCUUACCCAGCAGUGUGGUAAUCAUGGAGAGAGGAGAGAGAGAAAGAGAGAGAGAAAGAAAGACAGAGAGAAAGAGAGAGAGAGAGAGAGAGAGAAAGGAAAAAAGAAAGAAUAAUUGUACAGCCCUUCUUCUUACUCUGUUCCUUUCCCAGCUGUUUCUCACAGAUUACCUAAUUGGUCAAUGAUUUAACCUGCUGUUGGCCUCUGUGGCUCUAGCUCCAGGACUUUAAAAUCAGUGAUGGGAAUAAAAGCAAAUUUUGUCUUUACAAAUUGAAUUAUUGGGGCUAACAGUUACAAUAAAUUUUUUUUAAAAAUUUUCAAAAGGAAGCCACACCCACAUUUUUCUAGGCCAAUUCGAUUAAAUUAUUCCCUUUUUUCCCCCCCAAAGUGAGAAAUGGAAUGCUAUUAGUGCUGCUGCUGAUGAGUUUCAAGGAACUGGCCUGGUGCCCAUCUCCUCCUCCUGCUCUCCCCUCAGCCACAGCAGCCACAGCGGCGGGUCUGAGACCUGCCUUACCCAGAGAUUCACAGAGACCCCCAAGCCACGUUUAUGUCAGAGACAGAGAGAGAAAGAGAGAACGUGGGUGGGGUACCCUGUGCCUGCCCUCCUGUUAUUAUCAGAGCUCAAAUGAAGACCAGGAAUGACAAUCUGUGAUAGGCACCAUUGUAAAACCAAAUAUCCAGGGCGCUGUUGAGGGGGACGCCGGAGCCAGUCUUAGUGGGGGUGUUCACUGGGCUUUUUGUUGUUUGCUGCUGCUGCUGUUCUGUUUUACAGCUCUGUGGGGAAAUGGGUCCUUUGUCACCCUGAGCUUGUAAACUGCUUGGGAAUUGGUCUGGGCUUUCUGGAGCAGACUAGGAGUUUCUUCUGGAAGACUGCCCUACAUUCAGUGAUAGGGCAGGAAGGACACCAUGUCUGUUCUUAUCCCUCGAAGGUAUUGACUUUGCUGUACUGAAAGCAGCUGGGUUUUUUUGUUUGUUUGUUUCUUCCCCCCCCCUUCCAGUGGACUGGUAGACCUUAGGGAAAGGUGGUGAUGCCAGUAGAAGCCGUUUCCGUUCCCCUUCUAGAAGGUGCACUGUGGCCAUGCUGUCUGGGGGUUCUGAGGCUAGAAUCAGUGACUUGUGCUGGUUUGUCGAUAGCAAUCACUCUUCUUAGAGCUUCCCUGUUAUCUUUGCCACAAGUCUUAGAGGACCACGGCCUCCAGCUCUGGAGCACAAGGGGAGACAAAGCCUUGUGCUUGACUGGGGUAAUCCUUCUUCACCCUCACCCUCUCCCUCUGCCACCUUUCCCAGUUCUUAAUACCUGGGGGCCUUUAGCGCUCUCCAGCCUCUCUGGCCUGGUUUUUUUGGGGGGGGGGGUCAAAGGUUUAAUGGGCUCUAGGAAUCCAUAGACCACAGGGGUGACUGCAAAGAGGUUGAUGCUUAGGUCAUGUGCCAAUCCCUGUGGCAUGGUUGGGGGAGAGGUGGAGCUGCAGCAGGCCAAAUCCCCUCUUUCCCUUCUUCCCGUACCACUGAAGGCCACUCUUGUACUUUCCGUAUAUGUGCUCUUGGAGUUCUACACAGUGGUGGUUCCUAAGCUUCAGAGCGUUGACAUCGUAAGCCAUGCCCCCUUGUCCCUCUUAAACAGCCUCUUAGCAAGUUCAUGAGGGUCCUGCCCUCUGGCACGCCCCCCUCUAAGCCCCUUCGGCUACACAGACGAGAGGGAGCAGCAGGAGCACAAUCCCCCUAGCCCUUGCAGGGUAGCCCCUCCCGUGGGUGGUGAUCAGGUUGGAAAUGAGAGCGCUCUCUUUGGGGGAGAGGCCCACCUUCGGGCUCCAGGUUUUCUCUCCAAACCUUUGCUUGUCUCUAAUGAGCAUCUGUAGCUCACUGUUUUGCAUCUCUCUCUCUGCCAAGUGAAUCUCAACCUUCCCCGUAGCCCCUAAAAAGUCAGUUUCUACUUGGGGGCAGCCAUCGAUCUUUGGUCCUACUGCUUCAUAAUUCCUUUUCCUUCCAGAAAAAAAAAAGUUGCUGUGAGUAUUGAAGUGACAUUCUCAAAGAUACGGCUGGUUGAGACGGCUGCAGGAGCCAAACCAUUUCACAGGGGACAGGCGGCGAGCCCUUCCCACCAUGGUCAAUCAUCCAUGACCUGUCAGGGAGGGCCCUGCCACUUCCACACAGCCGCCGAACCCAUUUUCCUUUCCGCUGUACUCUCUCCCUAGGGAAGGUACCUCUACCUUCUCCCACCCUCAUCCUUUCCAGAGAACGCCCUAUCUCUCUCUGCCACUCUCCCCCCACCACCUCAGCCCCAUAUGUAAUUGAAAGAUGCUUCUGUGUUUGAGCUGUGGAAUAAGUGAACAGAGGCUUCUCCUUCCUUUAUUUCCCAAUCAACUUGUGGUGUAUAGUUGCAUUUGUCUUGUAUAUGCUUGGAAUUCACCAGGGUGAUGAUUGUAAAAAAGAAGAAAAAAAAAAAGGAAAAAAAAAGAAAAAAAAACCCUCGCAUGUAUCAUUAAGUGCUUACAGAGCGGUUUCUAACCCUUGUGUGCACCCAGGGGCAAAUUGCCCCCACACCCCAAGCACUGUCUGCACGGUGAAAGAGCUGCAAGAAUGAGAACUGACUUGGUAGAGUUCUGAGAGAGAUGGGGCCUGGGCGACUCAUCAAGCUGUGACCCCUCUACCGACCCACCCCAACCCUAUUGUCUGCUCAGCUCUGGAAAAGUUUUCAGCAUCAAGAUUAUUCUGGAGAUCAGACACGGACCCCAGGCAGAGGGGGAGUUAAUGGCCUCCAAUUCUUAGAGGAGCAGAGGGGGGAAACAUGGGGCUCUUCUUUCUCUCUGCCCGAGGGUUGGGGUCGAGGGUGAAGUGGCUGCCAUCGUGGGAAGAGGAAGCUGGGACCACCAUCAUGUCAGCUUGCGAUGGGGCCUCCUUCAUUCCCAGGUUGGUUGCCCCCAGCUCGGCAGUUGCGACGCAAAGCUAAGCGGAUCCUCGAAGGAAAUGAGCAUGGGAUGGACUUGGCCGAUUCUCCAGUUGUGGUACUUGUUUAAAUGAGGUUAUUCUAGAACUGUUGCAGAGAAGGAAUGAGGCCCUCCCCCAUCACUGGUGAAACAAAGAAGGGCUUAUACCCCACCCUUCUCACAUCUAUCCAUUUCAAAAAGACCUAGGUUCUGCAUGUUUUAGAGAAACAGGACUCUUGGGGCCAGCCACAUAGCUCCCAUCAACUAAACCAUAGAAUGUGGGAAUGUGGGACUCACAGUCUAAUGAUCUGGGUUCCAGUCCCGCCUCAGGUGCUUGGGCAAGGCACAACCUCCCUGGCUUCAGUUGCUUCAUCUCUCACAUAAGGGGCUUUGUACUCGAUGAAGGCCAUUGAGAUCUCCUGGUGCUACAGCCACCCCACUUAGCCACAUCGUACCAUGAAGAUGAUACUGGAUUUUCUUCUAGGGAAGCCCAGGGGCCUCCCUGGCGAAGGGUGACUGGGACGAUGGGACUGAAGAGCCAGCAGUCUGCCCUCAAUAGGGUGGGCCCAAGCACACAUAACAGGAUUAUAGAACAAAGACAGCUGGAGGUUCUCUCAGGGCAUAAGCUGCCAGAAUGGACACGUUGGGGAGAGGCCUUGUGUCUGCAGGUCAGAACUCUCCUUGAUAGGCCAAGCUAGAUUAUGUCACUUCGGGAGCUGGUAAGGCAGAGUUCAGGUGAAGGAUGGUGAUGCAAGGUUUAUGCCAGAAUGCUAUGGGCAGGUAUUUGUUUAUUGACAACUCGCCAUUCCGUGACAAGGAUGAGUGGAACAGAUGGGUGAGUGGAUUGAGGAACAGGGAGGUGGCAAGAUGGGGAAGUUUAGUUACUUCAUCAUUAGCUGCCAGUUUACCCCUUUGUGUCAUAUUGUCUCUUGCUCUGGGGUGAGAUGGGAAAAUGGAUUUUUUCCUGGAAAAUCCUAUUUUGAAGGCACAGUGCUCUCCUCUGUAAGAAUCCUACCAAGCAGGAAAAGGCCUCUGUCUGGGUUUGCUGCUGAUGCACUAUUAGGCUCUGGUAACUUCCAUUUCAUUUUGGGGGUUCUCUAAAGCCACCACGGUCUCAAAUCUUGACAGUCACUGCUCCAGGCUUGGGGAUCAGAGAGCAGUGAGGUGGGAAGGAUGCACUGAAGCAAGAAAGCAACACUGCAGUGUAAGAAGCUUUCCCUCCCCAAACUGCCGUGAGAUUCCAGGGAGAGGCUGCUUGCUCAGCCAUAUGCUAACAUUAGACCCUGCUGAGACUUUCCUGGCAUGACCCUGACUUAGGGAAGCUCUCCCUUGCCUUGGAACCCAAUCCCCUCCAAGCCCACAGGGCACAUCUUUUGCUCCUCAGCUGAAGAUGGUUGGAAGCAAAAAAUCCUAGUAGCUAAACCAAGCCCAAGUACUGGAAGUUUAUUUGUGAUUCAGCAAAUGCCUGCAAAGUUGAUGAACUCCUUCAAUUUUAAGUCAGGAUGGGGUGGGGUGGAAUCAGGGGGAGGCAGAGCCCAUCACCCCUAAACCAACCCUUGUGUCCUUUCCUGGGCUGCAGGGAGACGGAACAAGAUCUUGGUGUUGCUAUUUCAGCCAGAUGCAGCUCAGAAGUCAGGGUGGGCCAAUCAGAAGUAGAAGGGCCUGGGCCCAGCGUGAAGAGGGAAAAUAAAUGUGAUUGAGUCUGUAUCUUAAAGAAUUGUUGCCCAAAUCCAAAAGCAUGUCUUCUUUGACUUCUUCCCUCCCCAUCUUGCUUGCAGAGUAACCAUGCGGGUGAGGUCUUGUUCAGGCUCCAGGAGGGCAGUGAACUGGAACAGGGUCUUACUGCCUGGUGAGGCCGUACAUGACACAGGUACCCUUCAUUUGGGUGCAGCUGUAGUCUUGCCUCUGAGCUCCUCAGGGCCCUUAGCUUUAGGCAUUAAAGCGGUCAGCUCUCAGGAGCCAAGGCCUUGCCUGUCAUUGGUGUUUGUGAAUGGAUCAGGAAAAGCUUGACUUCAAUCUUCAACAUUUUGUCGUCUCCCGGCCCCCCAUCAGCUGGGGGAGGUCACUGGAGUUGUAACUUAGUGAGAAAAAUUCUUAUAGGGGCAGUGAUUAGGCCAUCUCCACACCACCAAUACCAGCCACAGCCACUGGCUUAUAUGGACACAGCCACUACCACUUAGCAAAACUUGGGGUGGGGUUAAAGAGGAAGACCUGAAGCCCUAGUUUCUUCAAUUCCCUUCCUCCCUCAAUCCCAUGUAUUUAAUUCCACCUAGAUCACCUCUUGUGGUUGGAAUCUGCAUUUCCUGUCUGUGUGGUAAGGUAGUAGGAAAUUUAAAAUGGGCAAGAGGGCAGAAACCUUAAAGCUGACAGAACUGACCCUUAACUUUUUACCCCUUCAAACCACCUUUUGGUGGGAGACUGUCUUUCUCUCUCUCUCUCACACACACACAGAGUGUCUUGCUGGAAGCUGCCCAAUAUUAUGGGCUUUGAAACAUCAGCCACAUCUAAGCCCCUUGGUGCCUCUCCCUACCAGGUCCCAUGGCUGGGGCUCAUAACCAUAAUUAGUCAGAGAACUUUGAGAAAAUCUGAGGACUGGCCAGAGUUCAGAAUGGUCUUCUUCCAAUGAUGCUGUUUCAGCCCAGGGAGUCUUCCCUCUGUCUAGUUUUUCCCUGCCCCCAUGUCCUUCCUUGGGCUUGGGGAAGCUGUUCAUCCCAGUGAGCUUCUGAAAAGAACCCAUGUCACAGGCCUCCUUUCUUUCAAGUCGCCGGAUUCAUCUCUUUUUCCACCUGCCCUGUGGCUGGAACUGCUCACUUGCUUAGGGGAGUUGGGAGCAGGCAAGUUACUUUUCUCCUCAGACUGUUUGAAAAGGGUUACAAAUGGGCACUGCCCUUUAUCUAUGGCUUAAUCUGCCACUGGGCCUUGACCCCAUGGGGAAGCACAGUUCCUGCAUUGUAAUCCACAUGGUUUCCUAAUUAAUUUGGGGGGUAGGGUGGGGGUGGGGGGUGUCAAACUCAUCCUAGCUUAGCUUCCUGUCUGUGAAUGUCCAUAGUAUUGUGUGUUUUAACAACUGGUUUACACUGUUGCUGUAAAAGUGAAUUUGGAAAUAAAGUUAUUACUAUGAUGAAA